AUGCCUUCAAAGCAAAGAAAAAUUGCCAUGAUGGGUUAUCGAUCAGUUGGUAAAUCGUCUUUAAUUAUUCAGUUCGUAGAGGGACAGUUCGUUGACUCAUAUGAUCCAACAAUUGAAAACACGUUCACGAAGUUCAUUCGGCUGAACUCAACAGAGUAUGAAGUGAAAUUAGUAGACACAGCUGGCCAAGAUGAAUAUAGUAUUUUCCCUUUGCAAUACAGCAUGGACUUCCAUGGUUAUGUUUUAGUCUAUUCUAUCACUUCCAGCAAGAGUUUCCAAAUUGUUCAAAUAAUAUAUGAUAAACUUCUUGAUAUGAUCGGAAAAAUACAUGUACCCAUUGUUUUAGUAGGCAAUAAAACAGAUCUUCAUUUAGAAAGGAAAAUAAGCACAGAAGAAGGAAAAAGACUGGCCGAAAAAUGGAAAGCAGCCUUCGUUGAAACUAGUGCAAAAAGAAAUGAGUCCGUGACAGAUAUGUUCCAUGCAAUUUUGUCAGAAAUAGAGAGAUCUGAUGGGCAUAUACAAGAAAAGAAUGGAUGUGUUAUAUCUUAA